AUGGUUUGCUUUCAGGAUGCAGGCACCUGGGGGGCAAUCGAAGUACCACUCGUUGAAAUGAAACUUUCCGAUGUCAUUGAGUUGGUCAAGAAAUUGGAUAUUCCAACGGAAAGAAUGAGCUUUAUUGUUGAAAAAAUGCGUUCUUCCAAUCUCAGUGGGCUCGUUUUAUCGGCAUGUGAUUUAUCUGAGGUGCAACAAGCGCUCAAGUUGAAUCUGGGCGAUUGGACGCUGUUCAAAUUAUUAAUUGAAACACUCCGAAGUUGGGAACCAAUAAGCGCAUGUCUUAUCGAGACUCCCCACUCACUGACAUCACCACCUGCUGCUGCUGCUACUGCUACUACUGCCGCUGCUGCUGCUGCUUUGGCGUCUUCAACGUCGCUCAGCAGUUCCAUUCAAGAACACAAACGUCGGCUUACUUCUCAGAACUGGUAA